AUGUCUACCCUAGAAAAGAAUUCGUCUACUCCAUGGAAUCAUUUUGAGCAAGCCCUCCUCAUGUCUCUCUACCCUUUAAUCUACCACCUGAAUCAAGACAAGCGUCUGAAACUGAUUUGGGUAAGCGCGCGAAUGAACAUAGCAAUAAAUCGUCGCGGUAUAACACACGGUCGUGAGCUCAACUCAAUAGUCAUCCGGCAAUAUCUGACCGAAAACCGUGACGGACUAGUCCGUCAAUGGGGUGAGGACGGAGCCACGGCAAAUCGUUAUAUUGAAGCUGCUGAUACGGUUCUCGAAACCAUGAGAGGCAAUAUCUACAAGAUGUUGCACCCUGAAGCCGCGUCUAAUGGCCGACUCAUACCCCAGGAGGAAUUAGUUUCCAAUGUUGAGAAUUGCCGGAGGUCAAUGAAUUUAAACCUCCCAUGAUCAUUCGUUAUAUCACACAAACAAGCCAUCCCCUUCUCCUCCACGCCCCACCUGUCCCCAAUCAACCCCAUCAGACAAAUUUCCAACCUCGCAACAAAAUUUGUGAACUACGAAGCCCCAAAUACGAUUGAUCCUACAGAACAAAAUUGUCUCGAAAGCUCGAAUGGUAAUAGACCUCACGGCCUCCCAAUUGCCGAGUGCAGUAAACGUAUUCCUUCCAGACUCGGGAGGAGUAAGAAGGGUUGCACUCCUGACUGUCCACUUUGACAACCUUUCCCAUAAAAGAAAGUCGUUUGGUCAUUAGGCUACGAUUCCAAGCAUUUGAGCCUCAAUAUAACCUGUUUAUCGCAGCCACUUAUAUCCACUUCAAACCCACGUUUGCACAUUAUUCUCCUGAGUCUGGAAAGCAGACUCUUGGCCUACCACUCAGCCACCAGUAUAGCUAACAUUUCUCUAAAGCGAUGACACCCACCUUCCACACAGCCAAGCUGACAUUCAUUCACAAAGGUCAAUGCCGCACCUUCUCAGUACACCCCCUCACAGGUAGAACAGAUCAACAGCAAAGACAUGGUUGACUCUCUGCCUUAUGAUAUCUCCCCAAUGACAUACAUCGGCACCAUCAACGGCAAAGAACAACGAAUCAGCGGCACCAUUGAGGUAAUCCCUUCUAAUCCAACCCAAUCCUUCCACAUACCAACUCCUAAACAAGAAGUCCAUUCCCAAAUCUCCAAGCUCGAUCAUUCUUUCCAUGCUAAACCUGAGAACCUCACUUUGAGCACUCGUGACGUAUCAGAGACCCGCGAUAUAGUUUGUAUUUUCCUCUAGAUGUCUCAAGAUAUAGAAACACUAAUCUUUCCUAAAGAGCGGUCCUCCCUUGUGUCUAGACAAAUGGGGCUUCGCAAAUGUCGCUCGUAUUUUGCAGGGUGUCGCGUAUCUUAGUAUGUGCCCGAAAUACACUCCAACACAUGCUUAACCAAUCUUUGAGAUCACAGAUUACUGACAUUUAGCAGGGUAUCAUGGAGGCGGAUGUUAG